UCAGCAGGCCACGUCAGCAGGCCACGGCAGCAGUGCCACGGCAGCAGUGCCACGUCAGCAACCAGUCACGGCAGCAGCAGGUCACGUCAGUGCAUGGUGCUCACCCGCUCAAAGACAAGCGGCAUGGAGCAGCAGCCAGGCGAGACUACGGAGGCCUAUGAGGCCCGCAUGCUGGACAUGGUAGCAGAGUUCAAGCAACGGGCAGCUGCGGCAACAUCCGCACGUAAGAAGGAAGAUGAGGAAGCAGAGGAACAGCGUUGCCUCGCUGAACAGCAGCGACAGGCGGACGCUGAGGCAGCAGUGACGGCCGCAGACGAACGCCGUCGACUACGCCGAGACAAACUCCUCGAAUGUGAGGGGGAUAUCGAGGUGAUCGCCGGCGAAUGGGCAGUGGCUGCUGAAGAGGAGGGUGCCCCCUCUGCUGUGCGUGGCCUUGCAACCACAAUCGAACAUGCGAGCGACUUGGUCGCCACCUGUGCAGCACAGCAAGAGGACAUCCUCUGCAUGGACACCCUGGUUCGGAAGCAGAUUCGAACUAUUGAUGAACUGCUUGACCGGGUAGGCCGGCUGGAACAGCAGCUUGCAACAGCCACCCCUGCCGGACCCUCCAACUUGACGGACCGCGUCAACGUCUUGGAAAUCGACGUCGAGACUCUCAAGGAUGGCGCUUUAACGACAAAUCAGCGGAUUGACCAGCAAAUUUGCGCUGCCGCAGCCAGUCCCACCGCGACCAAUCGCGAGAGCAUCCCGAAGUUUGACGGCCUCCCGAUCUUCUGUGAUGCAACGAAGACGGACCCGAUCCCAUGGAAGCCAAACCCGACGGCGAUCAAGUUGGCUGACGGUCGGACGCAACAACUCCUCGAUCGCUACAUUCAAGCUGUGCCGGUUUAUUUUGCACCUCACGCAUGCAAACUGGUGAUGUUUGACGUCUUAGAUACGAACUUCGACAUUAUUUUGGGGAUGCCUUGGCUUGCAAGUGCGGAUCACACGGUUAACUUCCAUCAGCGAACACUUACCGUUCGCGACGCCUUCGGCGCCGAGGUGCCGUGUACCAUCCCUCUUCCGCACUCCUCGAUCCGGUGCCAAGUUGUAACGGCCAAGUCUUUUCGGGCCACUUGCGCUUACAAGCGGACCGACGAGAAAGGCCUAUGUUUUCUACGAGCCGCCGCGACGACCGAAUCUUCACCUACGGACUUGUCUUCGGACCCCCGAGUGGUGCUGCUCGACGAGUUCACUGACAUCUUCGAGUCUCCUACCGGUGUGGUGCCGGAUCGGCCGAUCUCCCACGAGAUCAUUCUUGAGGCCGGUGCCGUGCCGCCGAAAGGAUGCAUCUAUCGCAUGAGCGAGGAAGAACUCGAGGAUCUCCUCGCUCAACUCGACGAUAUUUUGGACAAGGGCUGGAUCCGCCCUAGUAGCUCACCAUACGACGACAUUCUCGUCUAUAGACGGACAUUGGAGGAUCAUCUUGAGCACCUUCGACGAGUGUUGGAGACACUCCGCCGCGCCAAGUACAAAGUCAACCGCGACAAGUGUGAAUUUGUCCGGCAAGAGUUGGAAUACUUGGGCCAUUUUGUCACACCGGAGGGCAUCAGUCCGUUGUCGGACAAGAUUCAAGCCAUCCAAGAGUGGCCAAAGCCGAAGACCGUCACAAAUGUCCGUUCCUUCCUUGGCUUAGCCGACUACUAUCAACGCUUCAUCAAGGGAUACUCGAAGAUCGCGGCUCCUUUAUCCAAGCUUCAAUGCGAGGACCGGCCAUUCGACUUCGACGACCAUGCGGGGACUUCAUUUUUGGCUCUCAAAGCUGCAUUGCUAUCCGCGGAGGUGGAAGCGAUUGCCAUGGACAUUACCGGCCCGUUCCCCAAGCACAAGACCGGAGUGGAUGGGAUUCUCACGGUCGUCGACCGCCUCACCAAGUUCGCCAUGUUUUUGCCUUGUCGCUAUCAUGCCAAGGCACCGGAGUUGGCCGAGGUUCUGUACGCCGAUUGGAUUCGCACCAAGGGUUACCCCAAGGAAAUCGUUUGUGACCGCGACACUCGGUUCAUGUCGGAUUUUUGGUUGGCGCUCAUCAARCGAUGGGGCUCAUCUCUCAAGCCAAGUUCGGCUCGCCACCCCCAAACCGAUGGCCAAACGGAGAGGGCGCAUCAGACUGCACAGGUUCUCCUUCACACUCUCAUCCGUCCUGACCAAAAGGAUUGGGUUGACCGGCUGCCGGAUGUCGAGUUGGCAUACAACUCGUCCAUCCACCCGGCUAUCAGGAUGUCGCCCUUCGAGCUCGAGCACGGCUCGCCGGUCACUUCUCCGUUGGACACAAUCAUUCCACGAACGUCCGAGAGCGACGAACAUCUUCUUUUCUUGCAACGGAUGCAAGAGCUACUUGUCAAGGCACGCGACCAGAUGGCCAAGACGCAGCAACGCAUGAGCCAACAGGCCAAUCGCCAGCGUCUUCCUUGCCCAUUCCGCGCCGACAAUCUCGUUUGGGUUUCCGCCGCGGAAUUCAGCCUUGAACAAGAUAUCUCUCACAAGCUCCUCCCAAAAUGGAUGGGGCCUUGGCCGAUCGUGGCACCCGCCGGGGAUGCACCCGAAGGACUUUCAUUCACCAUUCAGGUGCCCGCCCACUUGCCUGUCUACCCGGUCUUUCAUUGCUCCAAGUUGGCUCUCUACACGCAGCGAAACAUGACAAUUUUCUCGAACGACGAUUGCAAGACCCACCCUCUGUCGACGGCUUUCAAGACGUCGGCAACAUCAUCUCCCAGUGACACUACGGCAACAGGCCAACCGAGUACUUGGUACACUUUGCGUACUACAGUCACCGAGCUGACCGUUGGUUAACCCGUGCGGAACUCCAAGCAACAACUCCGGAUGUUCUCGCACGCUACGAACGCAAGAUGCG